AUGUUCAAGCUCACUGCCAUUGCUGUCCUUGCUCUUGCUGCCGUUGCCAGCGCUUCGCUCGACUGCAAGCCUCACGGCUCGCAGCAGGAGCUCAGCGCUCUCGGCGAGCACAGUGUGAAGCACUUUGCUUUUGAUGGAGGCAAGCUUAAGGAGGGAGACAAGGGCGAGAAGCUGCAGUUCUACGAGUGCAAGGCGCCGAAGCACUUCACGGGCACGAACGAAAACGCCGUCUUCGGCCAGCUCCGCAGCACUUCCGAGAAGAACAAGUGUGUGACUAGCGGCAACUACUUCGUUACCGCUCCGGGUCCCAUUGGCGGCCACACUUUCAAGAGCCUUCCCAAGGGUGCCUCGCCCGCCGUUACCCUGCAGGACUGUGCCGAGUCCGGUGAUAAGCUCCGCCAGCAGUGGUUCGGUCUUACCAGCCUUAAGAAGGGUUGCAAGCCGAUCUACUUCGCCGGUGAGGAGGAGGAUGUCGCUGCUCCUACGAUUGGCUCUCGCAACGGUGGCGUGUCGUUCUCGCCGAUGUCCGACGAGGGCCCUUCGUCGAUUGCCAUGUUCUCGGCUGCCGACUCGUGCUAA